CCAAGCCGCUGGCACAGCGCCGUCACCUAUGCCGCUCUCGGCUACAUCUGCAAACACUGCCAAUUAUGGAGGCAACAUGGGAGUAUACAGCCAUAACAAGUCGCCUCUGAAGAAAGUUAUGGACCGAGGCGCUUUUAACGAGCCAGCGUCGCCUCGAAACUCACGAGAGAUGGCAGCACUGGAGCAGCAGGGCAGAAGCGCGUCCACCCCAUAUUCAGGAGCUUCCAGAAGCAGAGCACAGCAAGACAGAUCCAUUAGAUGGUGAUUUGCUCUGGUGCUGCUCUUUGUGCAACCCAAUGUAUUACUAUUUGCGAACUGAGUGGUUGUGAUUUACGUGCUUGGAUUCAGUAUUGCAUAGCAUGGUCGGCGUUGGGAUUGUGUUUUGUCUGUAUCAGUGUUUUUUUUUCUAUGGCGGCUAAUGGAGAUAUGUGUAUAUGAACAAUGCGGUUUGGAAUCUGGCUGAGUGAGUAGCUUCUAUGUGAUAUGAAUGUUCUUUGUUCUUUUUCUUUUGGAAUUCAAAGUGGAAGCUGCUCAGUGUUAAUUAAGAGUUAACAAACAUCAAAUACAGCAAAAAGUUGAGUUCGG